AUGGUGAGAGCUUCAGCUAACUCCGUCAAUCCUCACGUUCAUUCCGGCGUUCGUAUUGUCGUUGCCGGAGACAAAGGAACCGGUAAGUCCAGUCUCAUUAGCACCGCCGCCUCCGAUAAUUUUCGCCCGAAUGUUGCCCCGGUAUUGCCUCCCACCACGCUGGCUGUGGAUCUGUAUCCGGAUCAUGUGCCAAUCACAGUCAUCGAUACCACUUCCACUAUUGCGGACAUUGAUAGAGUUUCUGAAGAACUAAAGCGGGCUGACACCGUGGUCCUCACUUAUGCAUGUGAUCGCCCUGAAACUCUUGAAAGUCUAAGUACAUUUUGGCUCCCUCAUCUUCGCAACUUAGAGGUGAGAGUUCCGGUUAUAGUGGUUGGCUGCAAGCUUGACUUGAGAGAUGAAAGUCAGCAGGUGAGCCUAGAACAGGUGAUGUCACCAAUAAUGCAACAGUUCCGUGAGAUUGAAACUUGCAUUGAAUGUUCAGCAUCUAGGCAAAUCCAGGUCCCUGAAGUUUUCUACUAUGCACAAAAGGCUGUUCUUCAUCCAACGGCUCCUUUAUUUGAUCAGGAGACACAAACUCUAAAGCCUCGAUGUGUGCGGGCUUUGAAGCGAAUUUUUAUCCUCUGCGACCAUGACAGAGAUGGUGCCCUUAGCGAUGCCGAACUGAAUGAUUUUCAGGUUAAAUGUUUCAAUGCUCCUUUGCAACCAUCUGAAAUUAUCGGUGUAAAGAAGGUUGUGCAAGAUAAAUUAUCUGAAGGUGUGAAUGAACGAGGACUUACUUUGACAGGGUUUCUAUUCCUUCAUGCUCUUUUCAUAGAAAAAGGGCGUCUUGAGACCACAUGGACUGUGCUCAGGAAGUUUGGAUAUAACGACGAUAUCAAGCUCGCUGAUGAUUUAUUUCCUCCUUUGAAAUACACUCCUGAUCAGAGUGUUGAGUUGACAAAUGAAGCCAUUGAUUUCUUGAAGACAAUUUUUGAUGCAUUUGAUGCUGAUUUUGAUGGGAUGCUGCGACCCCGUGAACUUGAAGAAUUGUUUUCCACUGCCCCAGAAAGUCCCUGGAUCGGAAAUCCAUACGAGGAUGCUGUAGAAAGGAAUGCGUUUCCAGGACUAUCACUUGAUGCAUUUUUGUCAGAGUGGGCACUCAUGACAUUGCUAAACCCAACCUUUAGUGUGGAGAACUUAAUAUACCUUGGUUAUCCUGGUGAUCCAUUAUCUGCUGUCCGUGUGACUAGGAAGCGUCGCGCUGAUCGUAAAAGACAACUAUCAGAAAGAAAUGUAUUGCAGUGCUUCGUUUUCGGGCCUAGGAAUGCUGGAAAAUCCGCAUUAUUGAAUUCUUUCAUUGGAAGGCCAUAUUCUGAAGCUUACAAUCCAACCAUCGAGGAUCGUUAUGCCGUAAAUGUUGUUGAUCUUGCAAAGGAAAACAAAAAGUAUCUUGUUCUGAAAGAAAUUCCAGAAAGUGGAAUUGCAAAACUGCUGGCCAGUAAGGAGUCUUUGGCCUCAUGUGACAUUGCAGUUUUUGUUCAUGAUAGGUCUGUUGAGUCUUCAUGGAGGGCAUCAUCUGAACUCUUGGUAAAUAUUGCUGGACAUGGAGAAAAUACUGGCUUUGAGGUGCCCUGUCUUAUAGUUGCAGCUAAGGAUGAUCUGGAAUCAUUUACAUCGGCAAUACAAGAUUCAAUUAGGGUUAGUCAGAAUAUGGGAGUAGAGGCUCCUAUACCAAUCAGUGUGAAGUUAGGGGAUUUCAAUGGUAUAUUCCGCCGAAUUGUAAAUGCUGCUGAGCACCCUCAUUUAAGCAUUCCGGAAACUGAAGCUGGAAAAAACCGCAAGCAUUACAACAAGCUCAUAGGUCGAUCUCUCAUGUGUGUUUCAGUUGGAGCGGCAGUGGCACUCGUUGGGUUGGGUGCUUACAGGAUAUAUGCUGCAAGGAAGAGUGCGUCUGGUUAA